GUUCAAUGAUCAUCUGCCAGUGAACUUUAUUGCAUUUAAUAUAACAAAAAAAUUAAGUGAUUUUAAAAAAAUAUUAAGAAAAUAAUUGCAAAAAGGAAUUAAAAGUGGAAGUGCAGAAAAUUGCAAGAAACAAAUAAAAAUUUUUUGAAAGAAAUUAAAAAAUAAAAUAUAAAAAAAUGAAAUUCACAGUGUGUGCUUUAAUUGUGCUAAUUGCCGUCAGUGCAACAAAUGCCGAGGAUCUUUACAAUCAAGGAACACGUGCACUUUUGCGUGUCUAUGAGGAAUGUACCCGCUCAGAAUUUGGAAUGUCAGGAUGUCUCAAGAAAAAGGCAAUUAAUAUUAUCGAUCGUGUAGGACGCAUGGAUACAUUCGCAGUUAACGAUGGAUUUAAAAUUGUGAAAAAUCAAAAUGCACCAGAAGUGAAGCCAAUUAGUGAAAAUGAAUUGGAACAGACACUCCCACGUGGAAUUGAAGCUCGCGAUGAGGCACUUACCGAAUUACUCGUUGAAAGAAUUGCAAAAUUCUUCAAUGCACGUACAAUUCAAAUUGAAUUUCCAAAAUUGUCAAAUGAGGAAUUGGGACGUAGCUUAGAAGAAGGUCGUGGUAAAAUGAAGAAAAUGAUGUCGAUGAUGAUGGCUGGAUUCAUGAUGAAAAUGUUGUCGAUGGUUCCAAUUGCUAUCGCUGGUCUUUACGUCCUUGCUGGAAAAGCUUUGAUUGUUUCAAAGAUCGCCCUUCUGCUUGCUGGUAUCAUUGGAUUGAAGAAGAUUGUAAGUCAGAAACAAGCACCAGCACAUUCAGCUGGAUGGCAACAAGGUGGUUCUGGAUGGGAACGAUCGAUUGACACACCAGAAACAGCACAAAAUAUUGCUUAUCGUGGACAUCCUAAGCAGCAAUAAGCAACUCUAAAUCUAAUUUCCAACUUCCUUCUAUUGCCUUCAUAACAUUUAAGAGUGUUUCACGCUUUUUCUAUCAUCGAAGUCUUUUAUUGUUCAGCAUACUUAAAUUAACCUGCCUAACAGUUUUCUCCCUCCUGCUUGUACUUCAUACCAUUCUUUCACUUUCUUUCUAUUACUUUAAUUCUUUUAUUGAUCUCAAACUACAAAAUAACUGAGCUUUAUUUUAUAUAUUUUUAUGCCUAUCUACUUAGUUGUGG